AACGGAAAGCUGAACGGGAUGCUUUUUCAAAAAGCCUCAUAAUUUUUUUUGUCGAUUCAAUUAUCCCUUAUCUAUUUGCGCCACUAAUAUAUCCGCACUCAUGUAGUAGGAGUAAUUGUGAAUUUCAGAAUUAGGGCUAAUAACUGUGAGCGAAGCGAACAUUUUGAGAGAGAGAGAGAGGAGAAUGGGGCGAAAGAAGGUGGAAAUGAAGCGAAUCGAAUCGAAGAGUAGUCGACAAGUGACAUUCUCGAAGAGGAGAGGUGGAUUGGUCAAGAAAGCUCGCGACCUCUCCGUCCUCUGCGACGUCGACGUCGCUCUCCUUGUCUUCUCCAGCCGCGGCAAGCUCUAUCAAUUCUGCAGCGCCAACAACAGUAUGGCCAAGAUCCUCAAGCAAUAUCAUCACCACUCUGGGGCAAAAGGAAGGUUCUCAACAGGUGAUUGUGAAGCAGAGUCCAGGUUUGCCAGUUUUCGGACAAUUUCAGAGCUUUUACAAAUAACCAAAAGGCACCUGGAAGAGCCCUAUGUGGACCAGCUUAGUGUGACUGACCUCAUCCAACUAGAGAAAGAAUUUGAUGCUGCAUUAACGCAAAUAAAGUCUAGAAAGACACUACUAAUGAUGGAGUCCAUAAUGGCUCUUCAUGAAAAGGAAAGAAUUCUGCAGGAAGAAAACAAGCUUCUAGCGAAUCAGAUAGCUGCAAUGGAGACCAAUGGAAAUAAAGUGGAGAACAAGGUGGUGAUGGCAUCUAAUGACGACCUUGGAAAUAAAUAUAUGAAUUGUCAUUCACAACAGCCAAUCCUUCAUUUGCUUUGAGUAGAUCUCCACACCGCACUGCACGCACAUAUUUGCAAGUGGAGUCCCAACACACCCUGCCAAAACACCUUUGGGAAUUUAGACGUUGAUGUGUGAGAAUGUAUGUAACAUUAUCUUUUCAUGCAACAUUGACUGAAAAAUUUGAUUUCUCCAUGUAUCUAAUAUUGCCCUGGGUUAUUGAUUAUCGAUUAUUAGUAUUAUUUAUGUAAUAAACCUCUGUUCCUCUCCUAACAUGAUUCUUCCUCUAUGUUAGAUGUUGUAUUAAUGGUUGAGAUAAAGUCUCUAGAAUAUGUUAUUCUGAGUUCA